AUGGCCCCAGCCUCAGACGCUCUGGAUGGAGUUCCAUUUAAAGACGGGAAGUUCAGUUCGACAGAGGACUUGAUACUUGUGUUCACUUCCGUUAUUUACACCAGUAGUGUAGUACAUGCUGCUGUCAACUUUCCUCAGUACGAUACAUACGGAUUUCCCCCAAACUAUCCAACCAAAAUUAAAGGAUCACCCCCUAAGAAUAAGGAAGUUGUGAGGUCUCUACUAGAUAGGGCCUCCUCUCUGCAUACUAUGGUUGUCAUGACAAUUCUGAGUGAACGAUGUACUAACGCUCUCGGUGACUUUGAAGUGAACUAUAUUUAUGACCCACCUGCAGUAGCGAUUGUGGAAGAGUAAGAGAUGUGGUUUAUUUAAGGAAUGAAUUUAAUAGCUACCCAUUUUAUACAUUUGUA